AUGGCGCCCGAAGGCGCGAGACAACACGCGAAUUGGUCGCCAUACGACAACAACGGCGGGACGGUGCUCGCGGUGGCGGGCGAAAAUUAUGUGAUAUGCGCGAGCGACACGCGGAUGAGCACGGGAUACAGCAUCUUGACGAGAAAUUACGAAAAGGUGGAUCAGAUGAGCCCGAAGACGCUCAUGGCGAGCGCGGGGUUCAUGGCGGACGCGCAGACGCUGAAGAAGACGCUCAAGGCGCGAUGCAAGCAGUACGAGUUUCAAAAUAAGAAGCCUAUCGGAUGCGUGUCGUUCGCUCAAAUGCUGAGUAAUACGCUGUACUACCGAAGGUUUUUUCCGUAUUACGCGUUUAACAUCGUCGCGGGGUUGGACGCGGAAGGGAAAGGGGCGGUGUUUACGUACGACGCCGUGGGCUCGUACGAACGGACGAAUUAUUCCUGUCAAGGUUCGGGACAGGCGUUGAUCAUGCCGGUGUUGGAUAAUCAGCUCAAGACGGUUUCGCCUUUGGUGCUGCCCGCGGUGUCGAGCGCGACGCCGUUGAGCGAGGCGGCGGCGAUCGAGCUGAUCAAGGAUUGCUUCGCGACGGCGGCGGAGCGCGACAUUUACACGGGCGACCGCGUGGAGCUGUGGAUCAUGAACGCCGACGGCGUGCGCAAGGAAGAGAUGCCGCUGAGAUUGGAUUAG